GAAAGAGCUCAGACCUGCUGCUCACUUCCUGUUCACCCAGUGAUGGAAAACCUCAACCAACUCCACCGUCUUCACGCCACGCUUCCCAUUAAGAGAAACGCUGCUGAAGAUUUCCUCUGAUUCAGCCUCCCUCACAUCGUGGCCUCUCCGCUCGUCACAUGCGAGCGCGCGCAGGUUUCCACAUCGGACCCACGCCGGCCUGAUGUUGUGUCACUUUCUGUGGCGGAGCCGGCCACAGUUUACUGACACUCCCACCACUCCCUCUGCCAACCAGAGAGAGGGCUGCCACUGGCGAGUCAGGACUCCUCUCCUUUCACCUUCUGCCUCCACAGUGGCAUUCAUCACUGGCUUCCAGCAGCUGGGGAAGAGAAGGUUGGAUUGAGCAGAAGUCCUCCGGCUUUCUACAGAAACAUGUGGUCAGUAUGGAGUGUGAUGUUGCUUCUGACCACAGUGGACGCUGUGGACGAUGAAGAUGUCCGAGCGGGCUGCAGCACAGCUGUAAAUGACCUGGUGUAUAUCGUUGAUGGCUCUUGGAGUGUCGGCAUGGCGGACUUUGACACAGCCAAGCAAUGGCUCAUCAACAUCAGCAGCCAAUUUGACAUCAGCCCUCACUAUACGCAGGUGGCUGUGGUCCAGUACAGCGACACACCUCGAUUGGAGAUCCCUCUGGGGAGCCACAGCAGCGGAGCCGAGCUCAUCCAGGCCAUACGGAGCAUCGACUACCUGGGAGGGAAUACACAGACGGGCAGGGCCAUCAAGUUUGCUGUGGACCACGUGUUCUUUGCCUCCCAGCGGGUCAGCCAGGUCAAGAACCGUAUUGCAGUGGUUGUCACAGAUGGCAAGUCUCAGGACGAUGUGGUGGAUGCAAGCAUGGAGGCACGAGCUCAGGGUAUUACAGUAUUCGCUGUGGGAGUUGGCAGUGAGAUCACCACCUCGGAACUGAUAUCUAUUGCCAAUAAGCCAUCAUCUACAUAUGUCCUGUAUGCCCAAGAUUACACUACCAUCGACCGGAUCAGAGACUCCAUGGAGCAGAAACUAUGUGAAGAAUCUGUUUGCCCCACAAGAAUCCCAGUGGCAUCUCGCGAUGAGAAGGGCUUUGAGCUGAUGUUGGGCAUGAACAUUCAGAAGAAGGCCAAGAAGAUUGCUGGCUCUCUUGUUUCAGAGACAGCCUACGCUCUUACUACCUCCACAGAUAUUACUGAGAACACCAGAGAGAUUUUCCCAGAAGGCCUUCCUCCGUCGUAUGUAUUUGUGGCCACUCUACGUCUGAAGGGGACUUCUAGCAAGUUGAUAUUUGAUCUCUGGAGGGUUUUGUCAAUGAGUAAGGAAAUCCAGGCUGCAGUGACACUCAAUGGAAAAGAUAAUUCUGUCAUCUUCACCACCACCAGUCUGACAGAAAAGGAGCAAAGAAUCAUCUUCACAACAGGCUUCCAGCCCUUGUAUGAUGGGAAAUGGCAUCAGCUGAAGCUUCUGGUGAGGCCUCAACAGGUCGUCAGUUACCUCGAUGAUCAAUUGAUCCAAGAAGUCCCGCUGAAGCCUGUGGAACCUAUUUACAUCAAUGGAAAGACACAGGUCUCAAAGAAGCGGGGGAUGCAUGCCACUGUGCCGGUGGAGCUCCAGAAGAUGCGUCUGUACUGUGACCCUCAUCAGAGUGAGAGAGAAACUGCUUGUGAAAUUUACUCUGUGGAUGAUGAAAGGUGUCCGCUGAAUCGAACAGCCACGACAGAAGAAGAUGAAGAAGACUGCAACUGUGCUCUUGGCCCACCAGGGAAGCGUGGCCCACCAGGACGCAUGGGUUUCAGAGGUGAGAAAGGGAGAGAAGGACCACCAGGACCAGACGGUAAGCCUGGUAAAGAAGGUAAACCCGGUGAGCCUGGCCCUCCUGGAUUCCCAGGGACAAAGGGGGAAGAAGGCCCAGUAGGCCUAAGAGGAGAGCCUGGUGUUAAAGGUGACAAGGGAGACCAAGGGGAACCAGGUUCACCUGGACCAACUGGACCACAGGGACUUACUGGGGAGAGAGGUGAACCAGGACCUGCAGGAGAAACUGGUCUUAAGGGGGAACCAGGACCACUGGGCAUCGAAGGAGCGGCAGGGCAGAAGGGAGAGAGGGGUGAUCCCGGACCAGUUGGUGCUGUUGGACCUAAAGGUGCCCCGGGUCCCAGAGGACCUCUUGGUGAAGUGGGCCCCCAGGGAUCCCCGGGUGAACAAGGCUUACCUGGGCCUCAGGGACCACCUGGUCUCAAAGGAAACCUGGGAGUCCAGGGACCCCAGGGUCCACCAGGAGCGAUAGGCAGAGAUGGUCCCAAGGGGAAAUGUGGUGAUCCAGGAGAUGCCGGUCCCCCUGGUCUUCCAGGACUAAAAGGUUUGGUGGGGGAGCCGGGCUUUCCAGGCCAGCCCGGUGCUACGGGGCGGCCAGGCUUUAAAGGUCAUAAGGGGGAAAGAGGAGAGUCUGGCUCUAAAGGAAACCAGGGGGAGCGAGGAGAAGAUGGAGAACCAGGGACUCCUGGUGUGCCUGGCGAGGUGGGACCCAAGGGAUGGAAAGGAGAGAGGGGGGUGAAAGGGGACAUUGGGCCAAGGGGGCCCGAAGGAAAUAAGGGUGAUACGGGCCAUUUGGGCAUUGUUGGUCCCCGGGGAUUUCCUGGCCAAGAUGGACUUCCAGGUCAGCCAGGCCAACCUGGAUAUCCUGGAAAACCAGGCAAAACUCCCUCAGAUGAACAUCUUCUUAAGCUGUGUGGUGAUGUUUUGCGCAACCAACUCCCAGCGCUGCUCCAAAGCCUUUCCCUCCCAACAAGGUGUGAAACCUGCCAAACUGUGAAGGGACCACCCGGGGAACCAGGAGCACCAGGUCCCAAAGGGUCCAUGGGAACCCCAGGCUACCCUGGGAGAAGUGGCACUCCAGGUUACCCAGGCCCCCCUGGAAUGCAGGGUCCUGCAGGCAUCAAAGGCGACAUUGGAGAUAGAGGGCUCAAAGGCAGCAAAGGAGAAGGUUACAGAGGACCUCCAGGACCACCUGGACAGCCAGGGAUUCAGGGUCCUCGUGGCUUUGAUGGAAUUGGCUAUCCGGGCAACCAGGGAAUUCCUGGGAAGCCUGGGCUACCAGGGGAUCCUGGUAAACAGGGCAGCCCAGGACUACCAGGAGUUUGUGACGUGUCCAUGUGUUAUCGGACCUACAGCCUCAGGCAGCAUUACAACAAAGGACCAGACGUCUGACCACACAUGAGAAAGACUGACUUGUUUUAGUUUAGCGUCCAAGUGUUUGGAGGAAGUCAUUCACUGUGUCGCUGUUGACUCCCUCAAAAGAGACUGUGUGGGAAUCUUUGCACUGAAGGCAGUUGUAACCUCAUUACAUCUGAAAGAGUAUCGAGAUCAUGAGGUUCAUGAUCAAAGAUGGCCAGUAAGCCAGAAGCCAUGUUGCUUCAUAAGUCCGUGCCAGAUGAUUCCCAAAACGGAAAUGUUGGACUUUUUAAUCCGACAACGGAGAGACUGAAAACUUUCAUCAAUAAUAAUAAUAUCUACCUCUGCCUCAGUUUGUUUCUCAAACUGUCUUUACAGAAAUCUUUAGAACUCAAAAAAAUGUUAUGCAUUAUAAAAAGCAUCAGGAAUAACCUUGUGGCAUAGCACCACCAUGUAGCUGCUAGCCACACCAUUGUUUUCAUGUGUUUUGGAGCAUGUAACUAAUCGCCUCUGUACUUGUUAUCACGCUCAGUAUUUGAUUUGGAUUUAUGUGGAAAUGUUGCCAUGGGAACUAUCCAAUAUUAAUGUCCGUCUUGCAUUUUAUAUGUUUUUUUUUAUUAUACUGUGGUCACACUCUGAGAUACUUACCAAGGUUGGUGCUAAAAACAAGAAUGGAAUGUGCUGUUGGAAUAGAAGGCAUAACAUUAUGACCACCCAUCUAAUAGCAUCUUAUUCUCCAUAUGUGCUGCCAAAACACCCCUGACCUGUAAAGCCACUCCACUCAUUUACAAAAGUGUUUUUUUUGUUGUAUCUAUCACAAGCAUGUUAGUAACAGGUCUGUGAAUUUGGAGGUGGGGCCUGGAUUGGACUUGUUUCACCAAUUGAUUCCUCAGAUGUUGGAAAUUCUAGUCCUGAAGCAUUUUGGCAUUGUGCAAGGGUUGAUCAUCCUGGUGAAGGAAGCCACAGCCAUCAGGUAAUAUAAUUUUAACAAAAUACAUUGGCUGCCUAUGAAGCUAUCCACCUUUAACUACUGCUCCCUCAUUCUAUCACGUUUAAUGCUGUAGAUACCAAUCAGUUUUGUUGAUGCUCAAAAAGGUCACUCAAAUCCUUAUGUUUACUUAUUUGCUCUGCAUUUAACACAUCAACUCUGAGGACAAAGUGUUCAUUUGCUGCCUAACAUAUCCCACUGUCUAACAGGAGCAAAAAUAAUGGGACAAUCAGUAUUAUUCAAUUAAUUUAUUAGUGGUCAUAAAGUUAUGUCUAAGAACAGUGUUGAUCACAACACAUAUUUGAAAAUUUUUGAUUAAUGGCAACUGAACCUAUACCAGGAAUUCUCAACUUUCUUAUAAAUAAUAAUCUAAAACUUUACAAAAGAGUAUUAAGGCCACUGAAAAAAGUCAGAAUUUGGACUUCCUGGGAUUAAAUCUGAAUAAGUCUGAAUUUGUCAGAAUUCUGAAAAUUCUGAAAGAAUUCUGUGGCUCUAAUACUCUUCCUCGAAACUUUUUGGGCAGGAAUCUAAGUGUACUGUAAUUGCCUGUGUAAACUCCAUUUAUAUUUUAAAGUAUUUUAGGAUUAUUUUUGUUCCGUUUUAUUCUUGUCCAUAAUCAUUAUUUGACUAACUAAUGUUUUGUUGUCAGCACAUGCAUUUUGAAUGAACUGAAAUACAGGAGUUAUCUUUCUGAUGUUUGUGGUUGUGUAAAUAAACGAGCGGAGGACCAAACCA